AUGCGUUCCCUUACUUCUUAUUUUACCAAUACAUUACUGCUUGUUUCACUAUAUAUCUGUUUUAUUCCAGAAAAGAGACAGAAUGUAGAAGAAUUAGAAAUUUGGAUUGAUCCAAGAUUUAAAUCACGAAGAUACACGCAAAAUAGACGUUUUAAAGAAAUUGUUAAAGAAGGACAUUCAAAAACGACCACGCCUGUAAGAAAAAAAUAUGAAAUUGUAAAAAAAAUGAAAAGGAAGGCUCAAAAUGGAUCGAAAGUAGAAGAAUUUCUAGCGCCAUCACAGCAUAACAAUUUAACUUCGAGACAGGCGAAAAAUGAAUUAAAAUCUCAUAAAGGUGUAUUCAGAGCACACUCCAAGUGGCCCGUCAUGAAUGUAUCCUGGCCUAAAGUAGCUCCACAGAUUAGAGCUAAACAUGUAUCGAAACGUGUCACACAGAUGAUGCUUCAGGAAGAGCCAGAAAUAAGCACUCGAUACAUACCUUUAGAUGAUGAAGAUGGCUCGGAAUUUUUAAGCCCGUACGCUAUUAAGCAACAGCUCUCUCGAAUUUCGUCGAAGUUUCCAAAUACAAACAUAACUAUUGAAGUCAUUGGUCGUACAGUGGAAUAUAACGAUUUAGUAUUGAUGAAAAUCAGUGAAAUGAACGAUUUACAAAGACACUUCCGAGCCGAGGACGACAAAUAUGCCGAUGAAGCGCCGCAAAAGAAAAUAGUAUUUAUUGUUCAUGGCUUAAGUGUUAUGGGAAUUAGUUCAAUAGACUGCCUCUCGCAUGAUAAGGAAUUUACAAAGUUGUUGUCAUAUUACUUGACACAUUUAGAUAAUUUCGACAUAUUUCUGAUUCCACUGGCUAAUCCUGACGGUUUCACGGCCUCACAACAUAAAACAAUAUGGAACAAGAACGUCUCACCACAAAACGCUUGUCCUGGAGUAAACAUAGAUCGGAAUUUUGACGUCGCCUGGAAUAGUUCGAACAUCAUUUCAUCCUGUAGCCAGCAGUACCCAGGGACAUCACCUUUCUCAGAAGCAGAGUCCAGGGCGAUAAGGGACGUCUUUCACAAAUACGGCCAUAAAAUCGUUGCGUAUAUGCAUGUACAUGCUGGUUCCUAUGCACCCUCUAUCUAUAAGGGGGAGGCAGUUCUCUAUCCGAGAGGAUUCUCAGAAGUACAAUCAGAUGACGACAAGUACAUAGAUCUGAAGGGAGAUAUCGAUGAAGCGAUGCGCAAUGCCAGUUUCAAAACAGUCUCAGUGAGCGUGGACACUUUGCACAAUUGGUACGGGAGGGUUUUUGGCUCAAGUGUGGAUUAUGCUUCUACGAUCUAUGGUAUCCCGUUUUCUCUGGAGCUGGUGAUGCAGCUGUAUGACAAACAUAUAUUAGACACAGUAGAAUUGUAUGAAGAAUCGGCGCUGUCUCAGGUUUGGAACCGAGUCAUUGACGUUAUAUUUACGAAUAUAUGGCGGCAUAUUCAUGAAACUGAUACAUAA